AUGAUUGCAUUAAUAAUUAGUUUAAUAUUUUUUGGUCUUAUUUCCUUCAUUUUAUUGUAUACUGGAUGGGUUCGUCGUGAUAGACGUCCUUCACGUAUAUUUCUUAUUCGGCAUGGUGAAUCACAAGCAAAUAUUGAUCCAACAUUAUGUUCACGUGUACCUGAUAGUCGAGUUGAAUUAACAGAACAAGGUUUUCAACAAGCACUUAUUGCUGGUGAAAAACUUCAUUCAUUAAUUGGUAAUGAAUCUAUAUAUGUUUAUAUGAGUCCAUAUCGACGUUCAAAACAAACAUGGAUAAAUAUUCGAAAAUCAUUUUCAUCAUCACAAAUAUUAACUGAGCGUGAAGAUCCUCGUAUACGUGAACAAGAAUUUGGUAAUAUAGCUGAUUUACAAAGACGUCCACAAGAAUUAGAAGAACAAAAACAAUUUGGAAAUUUUUUUUAUCGUUUUUCAUGUGGUGAAAGUGGUGCUGAUGUAUAUGAUCGUAUAUCACUUUUUCUUGAUACUUUAUUUCGUGAAAUGGAUGAUGGACAUCAUGAUCCAACACAAAAUAUUGUUAUUGUUUCACAUGGAUUAUUAAUGCGUUUAUUUCUUAUGCGUUAUUUUCGUUGGAAUGUUGAUGAAUUAGAUAACUUUAAACAAUUUAAUAAUUGUGAAAUAUGUCAAUUAACAAAAAUCAAUGGUGUUUAUACACUUGAUGGACAUACAAAACCGCCAACGAAAUCAUCAUAG